ACCAAAACCCUAGAUAUUAGAAUCUCCCUCAUUUCGCUUCCCUCCUCUUCCCUCUCUCCAUUUUUGCUAGGGUUUUCGCUUCUCUCUGCUUAUCGGUUCGAUUUUUUGCUUCAUUUCAGUUCCUUGAGCGGAGGAUUAAUUGAAAACAGUUUCUUAGCGGUGUAAGGUCAAUGUUGAGGAGUAGUCAGAGUUAAUUCGGUCUUGAUUUGAUAAAUAAGCAAAAUUUAUUAAAGUAGAAACUUCAAGAAAUUAGGUGAUGAUUUGGUUAAACUGAUUGGAAACAAAAAAGUAAAUCAGAAUAAUAUGGGUAAAGUGUCACCCAAAGAUGGUCAAUCCAAGACUCCAAAACAGAAAAGGCGGACAAAGAGUACAAAGGGAAAAUAUUUGAAACCAGGUGCUUUGGCUCAGCUCCGUUACACUAAGGCAUCAGCUGCUAAAUCUUGUACGGAUCUUGGGAAGAAAAGGGUGGCUGUAAUAACUUCAGAUGAAACAAACAAUCAAGCAGCACUUAAAAAUAGUGUUGUUGAGGGAAGUCCCAUAUUUUUAUCACCCGUGAAGUUUUGUUAUGGUUCUGUGAAUACGCCCAUUGAUAUAUCUAAGCAGAAUAAAUUGCAAAUGACACCAAAGACACCUGGUGCAUUUGAGUGCACAUCAGAGUCGAGGCUCGAGUCUCUUCCAAUGGAUUUACUGGUCAAACUACUGUGCCAUUUACACCAUGACCAACUUAAAGCAGUUUUCCAUGUCUCUCAGAAGAUCAGGAAGGCAGUAAUUCAGGCAAGGCUUUUCCAUUUCAAUUAUACUACUCCGGAUAGAACGCGGCAGGAGAUGUUAAGAACCAUGACUCCUACCCCCACUGAUCACUGGCCAUUUGUAAGCAAAGAAAACGGAAAAGGUGCAUGGAUCAACACUCCUCACACUCCUAAGGCUCCAAAACAUGGUCCACGUCCUUCACCCCGUCUCAAGUUCCCAGAGAUGAGGCACAUUGCAGCUGUUCUUUUUCAAGAGUCUACUAUCCCUAAAAGAUACAUGGUUCCAUCUGUUAUACCAACGUCCCUAUGCAAGUCGUUGGGUUCUAAUAGAGUUCUAUUCUAUGAGGAUGAAUUAUGCCAGGCUGUUGCUCAGAAUAAACUCCGUUGAUUUCCAGUGUUCUGAUAUAUGUAUAGUAGAAAACUAUCUCGUUUUCGUCUUUGGUAGCAUAUGGACAGGAUGCAGUUUUUGUAAUAUUACCCCAGGGCGCUCGUUGAAGGUGGUUAAAGAUUACUAGGUUUAGAUAGAUUUGAAUGUUUUUGCGAAUAAUAUAUGGAGAGACUUGGCUUGUGUAUAGUUCUCUAUAAGUUCUAUUUAUUGGGGUUUGGGUGUUGCUUCUUGCUUGUUUUAAGUGUUUGUUACUGCAGUAAAUGAAAUUUACAAGAAAAAA